AUGCGUGGAAAAUCGGUAAAAGUACGUGCUCAACCGGUCCUGGCCACGGUCCAACUGAACAGUUCCAUACGGCAACGAAAACUCCGUGACAAUGCGCCCCCCACACCUGUCGAACCGCAACCAACGGAACCAACCGCACCGAUCAAACCCAUGACACCAACACACGAACGUCCCAAAACCCCGUAUCCGAACCAAUCUAUGCCUUUGACCAAGUCAAUCUCUUCCAUCGCGCCCGAGUCCCCUACCCGUGUGGCAUCGUCGAUGCCUCCUUCUCGAAUUACUUCGUCCACUAUUGGACCUGUUCUGAUCACUGGUUCAAAACCGAUCAAUUCAGACACGUCCGAUGUGGAUCAGUUGGCUGAAACGCAUCACGUGAUACGCAUCCCUACGCGACCAUAUCGAACUUCGAGUCGUAGACGACGAAUAGGGACGGUGACGAGAGGGUGCGAAAACGGUCUGAGGAAGAACAUUGAACCUGGUAAUUUUGAAUUUCGAUUUGACUGA